AAACAGAGAAAGCGCUGAUUGGUCGUUUACAGACGCGUAUUGAUGAGGUUGCAUGUACGCAAACUUUACGCGCCUGGUUCUUGAGUGUUUCGUGUUUGUAAGCGCAUUUACAAUUAAUCAGACUGAUUUGAACUGAAACACAAUGAGUAAAAAGGGUAAUGUAUCAUGGGUGAAGCCUGCCGAACCAUCUUUUCUGAAGAAAUUCAAAAAUGAUGUUGGUUUUAAAGAAGGGCCGACAGUGGAGACUAAAAAGCAGCAGAUGCCGCAGUUGGAUGAAGACAGUGGUGACAGUGAUCGGGAGGACGAGCUGCCGCAGGUCGUGGUCUUGAAAAAGGGAGAUCUGAGUGCUGAAGAGGUUAUGAAAAUCACAAAAGAUACAAAGGAUUCAAACAAAGAUGAACAGCCUCCACCGGAUGGGAAGAUCGUCUUUAAGAAGCCUGUCAAACGCUCCUCUGAUAAAUUCGAAGGCAUUACUGCUAGCUCUAGCAAGAAGAAGAAAAGUGAGGAUGGUGAGAAGAAAGAGUCAAAAGCUGGUGUGAAGGUGAAGAACAACAGCCUGCUGUCUUUUGGUGAUGAUGAUGAUGAUGAGGAAGACUAGCUUGACAGGGAUACAAGCAUCUAUUUGAGUCAGAUUGUCUUGGACUGCUUCUUGCAAAGACCAAUCUGCUCUUUU